UUGUCGUCCUAAUCUCCUCAGAAUGUUCAAGGAGGUGCCAAAACGCAGCGUUUCGCGCUCUGCAAAAACCCUUCAUCCCGCCAAUAUACACAACGCAAGCCGCCCUACCUCCCCCUCCCCCUUCCCCUUCCCCUUCUUACUCACUCUUUCCCUCCACUGAGUCAAUGAUGGAACUCAGUUUAGCCUCCGAUUCCCAUGCGAACCCACCGUACAAUACAGUUUUCAUCGACACCAGCCUCGAUACCCAUAUCGCAAUGAUCGUCUCUAAUGUCGAUACCGUCGCCGAUCUCAAAAAGAAAAUACUGCUUGAACACCCCCUGUGCUUUUCUAGCAUUGGAAAGAUAAAGAUUCAUGCUUUAAAGGUCAAGAGAAAAGGAUUCUUUUAUCACCUCUCAGACUCCAUGUUUGUUAGAAGUGCUUUCGAUGGGGUUAAAAGAACUUGGUUCCUCCAUGUUGAUGCUUCUAGUUCAGUGGAGCAGAGUGAAAAUCAGCUCGCAUGUAAUCCUGAUUCUGGCAACCUACUACUGUGUCUUCCUUCAGCAGAUGAGUUGAUCUUCAACCUGAUGAACCUUCUAAAAAGUUGUCUGUCCUUGAUGAAUCAUCAUUGCCCCAAAUUAAGGCCAACCAGUCCGCAAUGAGAAAGUUCUUAGUGCUGAUGAAUUUGGUUCUGGUGAUCCCAUUGUUGAACGAUCAAAAGUUCUAGAGAUGGAAGUUAAACAUAUUAAUGAUGAUCAUCACAAAACUUCAUUUGUUUCCAACAAGAAGUCAGAUCCUGAGGAGAAAUGCAACCUGUAUAGUGGGGAGAUUGAAUUACCUGGGAGACAUACUAACCAGAAGAAAAAUGACAACAAAAUUGAUGAUAUGCAAUAUAAUGGUUCAUUGGAAGGAGCUUUAAAAACUGAGCCCAUUCCAAAGAAAAGGCAAAAGAUUAAAAAUAAACACAAAGAUGCAUUAUCUGAUCAUGCUUUGAAAGAAGACAAUGCUCCUCCUUUUCAUGCAUCUGGUAAAGAUACAUCACAGCAAGAGAAUGUAAUCCUGGAGAAUCCUGUAGGCAAUGCAGGUGUCAAAGUUCCAAAUGUUAUGAAGAUGGGAAACAAACAGAUUAGUGAUGACCCUGGUGAAAAAUCUUCUUCUGAAAUCAGUAAGAGAUCAGAUUAUGGGGUACAGAAGAAACAUGAUCCGUGUGAGGAGAUUCAGGUUCAAGGAACACAUGUUGAAUGCCAUGAUAUCAAACUGAAGGAUACAAUUGAUGUGCAAUGCAAUAGUUCUCUGGGAGGAAUUGCACAACCUAAGCCUGCUGCAAAGAAAAGCGUAAGAUUGUAAAGAAUAAUGAGUCUGAAGGUCCUGUGAAAGAGAAUGAGGCUCUGCUCUGUAAUUUUAAUAAAGAAACUUCAGAGGCCAAGAUUGGAAGCACUGAGAACACUUUGGAGAAUGAACAGAAGAUUAUAAAUUUUAAUUUAGAAGGUUUGCCUACUCAACCCCCAGAACCUAACUGUUUGAUUAGAACCAGUUCAAGCACUGGGAAGAGGAAAAGGAAAAAGAAAUCAUCCAAUCCUUGUAGCCAAGCAGUCUCAGAAAUUCCUUCGGAGAAAGAUGCUAGGCAAGAGAGUUCAAAUGCAACAGUGGAAAUUAACCACAAGGAUUCUGGUAGAGAAUUUGAUACCGCAAUUGUUCCAGGAGAGAGCAUCCAGGAUGCCACCCAUAGCAGACCUUAUGCUCUCUCUCUUAAGGAAAAGUACAGUGGUCCUGUCCAAGCAGUAGAAAUACCCAGUUUAUCACCCGACAUUGAUAUGAAUGAAGCUGAUGCUAGCAAUAUGGGAAGAAAAAGUGAUGUAUCUGAACUAGGAGCUGCUUACGAAGUUAAAAGAACAAAAAGUUCAAAGAAGCAUCAUGCUGUUGAUGGGAGAGACCUUUCAGUUAAAGAGCUCGAUAGCCUCAGAAAGGACUUAGAGCUUUCUGAACAAGAGAAUGUUGUCCCUGGUGAUCAUCUGAAACUUGGGAUUGAUCAAACUGAUAAAAGUGAGGGAGAAAAAGAAAUGUCAUUGAACAAUGAUCCUAACGGGAUGCUGUCUGAAAAGUGCAGAUUGUCUAGAUGUGAUGGAUCGGAAAUGAACAUGAAAGAGGUGACCGCCUCUUCUAAAUUAUUGGAUGCCAGUGUGGGUAUGGAACAUCAGAAACCUGCAGUUAAGAGAAAGAAGUCAAAGAAAGCUAAGAACUCAGUUGAAGGAACACCAGUUGGAUCCAAUAUGGAACAUGCUAAAGAUACUUUGGAUGGCUUUGCUUCAACUGAGCCUCACAAUGCUUUUAACGGCAAUCAUUCCAGUAAUGAAGCUGAUAAGGGGGAAAGCAUCUUGUCUCAAACAGAAAGGACGGAAGUAUUGAAAACAAAAGUGAGAAAUACUUCUCUUUUGGGUGUUGAUAGGGAAAUUGAUGCGAUGAGUGGAAAUGAAAUGGAAUCCUUUCAUCUAACUCAUAUCGGUAAACCUCAAGUGAACACGGAAGCCAUGGCAGAUGCUAAAGUGAGAAAGAAAACAAAGAAACAAAGUUCUACUGCAAAGAAUCUUCCAGAUUUGCAAAAGAAAGAGCUAGAUGUUGGCCCUGAAGUUUCGACCUCUUCCACUCAUAAAAUGAAGGUUGAUGUUCCAUCAAAAAUCAAAAGGAAAACUAAAUCAGUGAAGACUAGUUCCACAAAUCAGUUCAAGAGAUCGAAGUUGGGAACUGAGAAAGAUGCUGGGACUGAAGUUGAAUCUCUUCAUCCUAAACAGGAUUCUGGGACUUUUGACUCUUCUCAAAUUCCGUCAUCAUAUGCACUGGAAAAUAACCCUGUGGGGAGGCCUCUUGAAGCUAAUGUUGACGGUAACCUCCUUAAACUUGCAUGCAUUAAUGAAGCCAAUGAUCACAAGGAAGUUUCUAGCUGUCAAAGUGAUAUGGUUAAUAUGCCUAGACAAUCACUGCAUAAAGUUGUUGCUCCUGCUCAAGUACUUGCUGACGAGGAUACUAAAGUGAAAAGAUCAGAAAGAGUCUCCAAGACUAAUAAGAACAAAAAAAUAUCUAAUGUCGAUUCGGUAGCCACCUCACGUGAUCUACAGAACUCCUUAAAGACCAACAAGAGCCAGGAUGUUGAAAAAAAAUCUGAAGGUGACAAUCAACUUCAGGAUCCAUUAUCCAUGGAUGGACAUAACAAACUCAUGCCUGAGUCUGACAGCAAGUUUUCAAAAGUUUCCAGAAAUGAUUUGAAAUCUCCUCAUGACAUUGGUAAGUUUGAUACAAUUCCUGAGGAAAUCAGAUGGCCUAAUGUUGUUAAUGCUUCUGGCACCAGUAGCACCGCCCAUGCCUUUUUGAAAGAAAAUGGUAAAGCCUCUUUAUCUACCUCGAGUUCAGACAGUUCAGAGGACAGAACUUACCAAAAUAAAAGGGGUAAGCGUCAGUCAAAUUUGGACCGUUAUCGUGUGACAGUUAGAAAAGCUCCCAGAAAAAAUCCUGGAGAAGUUGUGAACAGUUCUCACCAAAGGAAGAGUCUAUUAGCUACAUAUGGAUCUAUUUUUAAUGAUGGUGGCAGUGAAAGUUCUGAAGAUCAUAAUGGUGUUGAGAAUUCAGAUGCCAGCACUAGAACACCAUCAGAUAGUUCAGCUUCAUCUGACUACACAGAAGGAGAAAACAAUCAACAUCUGGACUCAUCACAUGGAUUGUACAGCGCAAAAAGAAAUGAAAGUGGUGCCAAAAGUAUUGGAAAAUCAAACUCCUCAGGGUCAAAGAAUGUAACCAUGGAUGUGAUCCUCAGAAGUUCAAGCCGAUUCAAGAAGGCAAAGCUUACUGCUUCACAGUCAGAACUGAAUGACACUGAAAGCCAGCCUGUUGAGUUUGUUCCUGAUAGUCAAGCAAACUUGUGAAUGGAGGGUGCUAGUCUUGCUGGGCAAUUUUGGGAAUUUUUUUUCUUUUUUUAAUUUCUGGGAGCUAUUUCGGAAGCCUUUUUCAGUAUUAUGCACAAGUUGCUCUUGAGUUUUGGGAUUGCAUUACUUAAAAAAAAAAAAUUGGUAUUUGCUGGUCUUGGCCAAGAAAAUCUGAUAAUUUUUUCAUAUUAGAGAAUGUGGAGCUUUUUGUAACGAACAGAGAUUGAAUGUGGUCUGAAUGCAUGUGUUGUUGAACUUGAAUUAGUGGAACGGAACAUUUUUCAUGGA